AUGUCAGUUUCUUCUAAUCCAUAUGGUCCAAAUCCAUCAGAUUUUCUUUCUAAUGUUAACAAAUUCGAAUUAAUUGAAAGUACAUUAAGAGAAGGUGAACAAUUUGCCAAUGCAUUCUUUUCUACUGAAAAAAAAAUUGAAAUUGCUAAAGCCUUAGAUGAUUUUGGUGUUGAUUAUAUUGAAUUAACAUCACCAGUUGCUUCUGAACAAAGUAGAAGAGAUUGUGAAGCUAUUUGUAAAUUGGGAUUGAAAGCCAAGAUUUUGACUCACAUUAGAUGUCAUAUGGAUGAUGCUAGAGUUGCUGUGGAGACUGGUGUUGACGGGGUUGAUGUUGUUAUUGGAACUUCACAGUUUCUUAGAAAAUAUUCGCAUGGUAAAGAUAUGAAUUAUAUUGCUCAAAGUGCUAUUGAAGUUAUUGAAUUUGUUAAAUCAAAAGGUAUAGAGAUUCGUUUUUCCAGUGAAGAUUCAUUUAGAUCGGAUAUUGUUGAUUUGUUAAACAUUUAUCGUACAGUUGAUAAAAUUGGAGUAAAUAGAGUUGGUAUUGCUGAUACUGUUGGUUGUGCUAACCCCAGACAAGUUUAUGAAUUGGUUAAGACUUUGAAAUCGGUUGUAUCUUGUGACAUUGAAUGUCAUUUCCAUAAUGAUACUGGAUGUGCUAUUGCUAACGCAUACACUGCUUUGGAAGCGGGUGCUAAAUUGAUUGAUGUUUCAGUAUUGGGUAUCGGUGAACGUAAUGGUAUUACUCCCCUUGGUGCAUUAAUGGCAAGAAUGAUUACUGCUGAUCGUGAUUAUGUCUUGUCCAAAUAUAAAUUACAUAAAUUGAGAGAUUUAGAAAAUUUGGUUGCUGAUGCAGUACAAGUCAAUAUCCCAUUUAACAAUCCAAUUACUGGAUUCUGUGCAUUCACCCAUAAAGCAGGUAUUCAUGCUAAAGCCAUCUUGGCAAAUCCAUCAACUUAUGAAAUUUUAAACCCAAGUGAUUUUGGUUUGACCAGGUAUAUUCAUUUUGCCAAUAGAUUAACUGGAUGGAAUGCAAUUAAAUCAAGAGUUGAUCAAUUGAAUUUGAAUUUAACCGAUGAUCAAGUUAAAGAAGUUACAUCCAAGAUUAAAUUGUUGGGAGAUGUAAGACAAUUGAAUAUUGACGAUGUUGACUCGAUAAUUAAAGAUUUUCAUCAAGAACAAUCGACUCCUGCUUUGAAACCAACUGAUAAAAGUGGAGAACCAGUCGCUUCAGUUGAAGAAGAAGCAAAAGAAGAAUCAGAAGCCAAAAGACAAAAAGUUUAA